GCCGGGGGAUGCUGCCGCCGCCGCCGCCGCCAGAAACUUCUUAAAUGACCGCGUCCGGCUGCCCGCCGAGCAUUUCUGGGCUGGGGAGCAAGGAGGAAAGGAAAGUGGAAAAAAACUGAGAACUUCCUGAUCCCUCUCUCGCGCUCUCUCCGCUCCCGGUCGCCGUGAGACAUGUCUGAGACUCCUGCUCAGUGUAGCAUUAAGCAAGAACGAGUUUCAUACACACCUCCAGAGAGCCCCGUGGCAAGUUACACUUCCUCGACCCCGCUUCAUGUUCCUCGAGCGCUCAGGAUGGAGGAAGACUCGAUCCGCCUGCCAGCGCACCUGCGCUUGCAGCCGAUUUACUGGAGCAGAGAUGACGUAGCCCAGUGGCUCAAGUGGGCUGAAAAUGAGUUUUCUUUAAGGCCCAUUGACAGUAACACGUUUGAAAUGAACGGCAAGGCGCUCCUGCUGCUGACCAAAGAGGACUUCCGCUACCGAUCUCCUCAUUCAGGCGAUGUGCUCUAUGAACUCCUUCAGCAUAUCCUGAAGCAGAGGAAACCUCGCAUUCUGUUCUCACCGUUCUUCCACCCUGGAAACUCUGUCCACACACAGCCCGAGGUCCUUCUGCACCAGAACCACGAAGAAGACAACUGUAUCCAGAGGACCCCCAGGCCAUCUGUGGAGAGCAUGCACCACAACCCUCCCACCAUCGAACUCUUGCACCGCCCUAGGUCACCCAUAACCACCAAUCACCGGCCUUCUCCCGACCCCGAGCAGCGGCCCCUCCGGUCCCCCCUGGACAACAUGAUCCGCCGUCUCUCCCCAGCCGAGAGGGCCCAGGGGCCGAGGCUGCAGCAGGAGAACAACCACCAGGAGUCCUAUCCCCUGUCAGUGUCUCCCAUGGAGAACAACCACUGCCCACCAUCCUCCGAGUCCCACGCCAAGCCCUCCAGCCCGCGGCAGGAGAGCACUCGUGUGAUCCAGUUGAUGCCCAGCCCCAUCAUGCACCCUUUGAUCCUGAACCCGCGGCACUCCGUGGAUUUCAAACAGUCCAGGCUGUCUGAGGACGGGCUGCAUAGGGAAGGGAAGCCCAUCAACCUGUCUCAUCGGGAAGACCUGGCUUACAUGAACCACAUCAUGGUCUCCGUGUCCCCACCCGAAGAGCACGCCAUGCCCAUUGGGAGAAUAGCAGACUGUAGACUACUUUGGGAUUACGUCUAUCAGUUACUGUCUGACAGUCGGUACGAAAACUUCAUCCGAUGGGAGGACAAAGAAUCCAAAAUCUUCCGGAUAGUGGAUCCCAACGGACUGGCUCGACUGUGGGGUAAUCAUAAGAACAGAACAAACAUGACCUAUGAGAAAAUGUCCAGAGCCCUGCGCCACUACUACAAGCUAAACAUUAUCAGGAAGGAGCCAGGACAAAGGCUUUUGUUCAGGUUCAUGAAGACGCCUGAUGAAAUCAUGAGUGGCCGAACAGACCGUCUGGAGCACCUCGAGUCCCAAGAGCUGGAUGAACAAAUCUACCAAGAAGACGAGUGCUGAAGGGACCCACUGCCUCCUCGCGGGCUGGCUUCGAGGGAACCUGUCCGCCUGGCUCGCAGCAGGCGUGGGGCGGGCGGGCUGGGAACGGCUGUAGAGGAAGAGAAACAGAAAUGGCAGGAAGGCCGACUUCUCUUGCACACCAAGAGGGACCCAGAGCACCUUAGACAAACCACCCAGCAAAGGCGGGGCUGGGAUUCCGGCGGAGGUCACGAGCCUGAGACUCCAGCGUCACAUGUCCUUCUCCUUGGGGACCUCCCCCUCUGUGACCCCUCACCCUCACCCCGCAGCCACUGUUAGUCUCAUGGUGUCUGUUUUUUGUUUUUUGGGUUUUUUUUUUUUAGAACAUGCAGCUUGCCUUUUUCAUUGUCCAUACAGGGGAAGACAUCAGAUGUUGUUUUCCUAUGGAAAUAUAUCUAUUAUAUAUAAAUAUAUAUUUUUUGCAAAUCUCACAAAGACCAGCUCAGCUGGUCGGGAAAGAGAAUACCUCUUUUUCCUAUCAUGUGAUCAGGUUUGUUCCUGUUGUAGUUGGGUUUUGGCUGCAAAAGAAAAAAAAAUUGUUUUUAAAAACGAUUAUGUGAAACGAAGAGCUUUCUCCCCACUCCCCCACUCUCUUUCCUUUCCAGGCUCUUGUGUCCUUCCUUGCUGCUUUCACGGUUCCUCUUUCCCAUGCCUUUCAGCAGAGCGCAGCCUCUUGCAGAGUCUUGGGCAAUACUGGCACCUAAACACGAGUGACCCCACUGCUCUGGCUGGCAGUCUAAAGUCAGAUUCCCGUCCCAGUCCUUGGCAACUCACCCGAGAGAAGCCAGAAACCACCCAGGUGCUGCUCUGUUCCAGAAAGAUCAGUGCCUCUCCAGUAGGCUCUCCCCCAGAUGGCUGGGAGAGCAAAGCCUAAGAUAAGACAGAGGCUGGCCAAGCUGUCUGGAAGGUCCCGGCAACCUGGGAUUAGCUCACAAGUGCUGCAAAGUGGAAAAUGCGGAGAGAGCGCACAGGCCUGGCAGGCCAGAGACGUGGAGAAGCAAAGCUGCAGCGGGAGCUGGUUUUUCUGCUGGAAUAGAUUUUUUGGACUAGCAAGAAAGUAAAACCCUCUUGUGGUCCCCUUUCAUGCCCUCACUAGACACCGCCCACCCCCAUCCCCAGCUUUUCUUAAGUUUCCUGUUCCACAGUGUACACUUACAAGAGAGGACCCCGGAGCACGGCCACAGCCCAGGGAGACCGGAACCUCCUCGGAUCCCGGCAUUGCCGUGUUCAUGGCUUUUCACCUCAACACAGCGCUAUCCCUUUAGUAUUUCUGACCACAGAUUUUUAGACAGUCAUUUUCAAUCCCCCACCACCACCCUUUUCUAGCCGUCUACUUAGACUCUUCCACCAUAGUUGCAGACAGCAAGCUUUGGAGCCGAGUCUUUUAUGCCGAGAAGAUGAGGUGUGCCUUGCAGAGCACCCGGCCCCCUUCCUCGCUCUCUGUUUCCUCUACACCGGUAGGUGAGCAUCUCCCAGCCUUCCGGGAGGUCUGUGCUCAGACAGCAGUAGGUCUCAGGUGAAGCUGGCUACAUAAGGCUGUCCACCAGCCACUUCUGAGCUGCAUGGGCUCCGCAGGGGUUGGAGCUGCUCAGAGUCCUCCCUGGGCCUUACUCACCAGGACACCAGCCUGCAGGCAAACAGAUGGACUAUGGUUGAGACACUGGAAAUGAGCUGAUCGGGGCCCUUUGGUCUUGCUCCAGCCCUGCCCCUUAGCCAGCCGUACUAGGCACCCUGCAGAACCAGCCUGCUCUUGCUGUUCCAAGACACCCCUAUUCUGCCUUCAGGGAGGUCAGUGGCCUUCUGGGUGAGGUGUGAUCUGGGUCAGCUUGAGGGUGCUGCAGGUGUCUUUAAAGCAUGUUCAGGUGACACUUUUCAGCCUUUAAGAUGACUGGUACUGUAUCUCAAAUGGGAAGAUUAAACCAAAUACUUGGUGUGCUUAGGCAAGCCACUGGGUUUAAGAGCUAGAGAGAAAGAUUGGAUUUUUUUUUAAUUGAGGUCCUCUGUAUGAAUAUCAAAUGGGAGACCAGGACCUCAUUUUGGCCAAUUUACUCUCCUGUAACAACUCAGUCUCUUACUAUCCAAAGAAUCUUACAGGUGAAUUACGGAGAGAUGUUCCCUUUAUCUCUAAGGAUUCCUGUAUUACAAGCUUUGAGAAUAUGUAAGAUAUAGAAAGACGGCAUCAGCCUCUUAGAGAUGCUAAUUCUUGUGUCAUCUUUAUUUCUCAUCCAGAUGUUAGCCAUAAUGAUUUUCUGUUCACUCUCUUAACUGCAAGUCUUCCCUGUUUGUUCUUUGGGAGAAGAUGUGGGUGGCGCUUCACCAGGGGUGCCUUGUCCUCGGGCUCAUACUAAAUUCUCAGACUUUGAAGAGGCACCACUUUCUAUCCCGCCCAGGGGAUCCAUCCAGCACAAAUUUCCAUCACUCAACUUUAAGCUUGAGAGGUGAGGAAAAAAUUCCAAACUAAAAGCUCACACAGCAAUCAGAACAGUUGGCCUCUCCCCGUGGCCACUGCGGGAAUUGUUGGCUCUCCAACGGCGCAGUCAGGAAUUGCAGAACAUUGCUAGGCGAUGGGUGGGCACCUUAUAGCCUGACUUACUGGCCAGGCUACCUCCAGGUCUCCAUCCGAAGAAAAAAUUGGAAUCUGGGUAGAUGUUGAAGGUAACAGCUCCGACCGUGAUCCAUAGCAACAUGGGCUGGCCCAAGGCAGCGGCACGGAUGUCCCACAACAUUUGGCGAGAAGGUCCCCCACAAGAAAAGCGCAGUGCAGGCCGAUGGGUUGGUUUUGUUUCUUUGUUUUGUUUUUCUUAUCCACAGCACACUUAGAAUCCUGCGAUCCAAUGUCUUUUUACACUGAUGCCUUGUCCCAGUGAGAAUGUCACAUGCUAGGCGAAACCUAAAUGGUGUUGCGAGGCUUUACUGGAAUGAGUGAGUGACCGUUGUUUGCUCUGCCACUGUCUGGGGCCCCAACCCUGAACCCACGUUUGAAACAUUAACCGCCUUUGGCAGGAAGAGAACCCGAGAAAUAGUAUCACUUGCCCAGGGGUCACAUAGCAUGGCAGAAGCAGAUGUUAGACUGGGAUCCGGAUCCCCUCUUGACCCGCUCCCAGCCGGGAAAGUGAAAAGUGAAAGAGCUGGAAGGGCAAAGAACAAAGGGCAGGUUUUCCUGCCCGGUCAUCUGGUGCUAGUUAGAACUGCUGUUCAUUCUCUCGGCCUGUUUGUCUGAGCAGAAAUUUGGGCGGAAAGGAGCGACACGAGGAAGCCCGUUGUGGGCGGGGGGUGGGGGGUGGGGGGACACCCAGUAAUCUCUGCCUGCCCAGAAACGACCGAGGACUAACCCAAGAUCCUCUCGGCCCCAUCUGCAUCACCACAACCCAAGCACCCUGAUCUCUCACGCACGCCAAGUGAACGUUCUUGACGAUCCCUGCUGCGACUGCAACUGCACCACCUGCAAACCAGGACGGAUCUAGAAUGAAUCCUUUUUGUUUAGUUUCUAAUCUCUUGUUUAUGAGGUGUGGGGUUUAUAAGGGACUGAAUCAAAUGAAUGUAACAAAAAAAAAAAAGGAAAAAACAAAAAAAUGCCUUUUCUCAG